CAAGUGAGGAACCAGUUCCCAACCAGUUCCUCUGAACGGUGGGUAGCCACCCUUCCCCUGCCGCCCCCUCCCUACUAGAAAAGCCCUUCCACCCUGUAGGGUGGGCUGCUGUCGGAGCUCAGAGCAGGAGAAGGAAGAUCAGGAGGAGGAGAUAAAGAAACCAAGUAGACUACAGUGCAGAGAGAGGCUGACCCGAUCAGUUGCUCAAGUUUAGGUCCAGAGGGGUCUGUAUUCAAGGCUCUCUGCUUCCCCAGCGAGCCCUCCCUUCUCCUGCUGCUGUGCUGCAGACCGCGAUGGCAUCAGCAAGUGAAGUUACCAUCCUCCAUACGGGCCAGAAGAUGCCGCUUCUUGGGCUGGGCACCUGGAAGAGUGAAGCUGGGCAGGUGAAGGCGGCCAUUCAAUAUGCCCUCAGCGUCGGAUACCGCCACAUCGACUGCGCUGCCAUCUACGGCAACGAGGUGGAGAUCGGAGAGGCCUUGAAGGAGAGCGUUGGGCCAGGAAAGCCCAUACCGAGGGAGGAGCUGUUCGUGACGUCCAAGCUGUGGAACACCAAGCACCAUCCCGAGGAUGUAGAGCCGGCCCUCAGGAAGACCCUUGGCGACCUGCAGCUGGACUACCUGGAUCUGUACCUGAUUCACUGGCCCCAUGGCUUCGAGCGGGGAGACAACCCCUUCCCCAGGAACCCCGAUGGGACGAUGCGCUACGACUUCACUGACUACAAGGAGACCUGGAAAGCCCUGGAGCCGCUGGUGGGGAAGGGGCUGGUCCGGGCCCUUGGGCUCUCCAACUUCAGCAGCCGCCAGAUUGACGACGUGCUCAGCGUGGCCACCGUCCAGCCCGCCGUGCUGCAGGUGGAGUGUCACCCGUACCUGGCUCAGAACGAGCUGAUAGGGCACUGCCGAGAGCGGGGGCUGGAGGUGAUAGCCUACAGCCCACUGGGCUCUUCGAACCGUGACUGGCGCCUGCCGGAGGAACCCGCCCUCCUGGAAGAUCCCACCGUCGUGGCCCUGGCCAGCAAGUAUGGCAGGUCUCCGGCACAGAUCCUGCUCAGAUGGCAGGUGCAGCGGAAAGUGAUCUGCAUCCCCAAGAGCGUCACGCCUUCUCGCAUCCUGGAGAACAUUCAGCUGUUUGAUUUCAGCCUGACCCCCGAGGAGAUGAAGCAGAUGGCGGCUCUGAACAAGAACUGGCGCUACAUUGUGCCCAUGAUUACGGUGGACGGGAAGCGCAUCCCGAGGGACGCGGGCCACCCCUUCUACCCCUUCAAUGACCCUUACUGACACCUCAGCAGGUCUCCCUCCGCCCACCCUGCCGCCCGGUGAUUGUCCUCCUCGGGUUCUGCCAGGGGAGAUGAAGCCAAUAAAAUCAUUGGAUUUCGAGA